CUCUCUUUCAACGUGGAACCAAACAGCCUAACGUUUUCGUUGAGUGAGGUUGGUCUGUCUCCAUCUCCCAAAAAGAGUCCUCUUUUCCAAUCCAAUGUAUAAAGUACUCCAUAAAGCAAAAGAGCCAAAAUUCUCUCUCUCUCUCUCUCUCUCUCUCUGAGUGGAAUCUGCAUAAACCCUGAUUUCUGAUUGUUUAUGGUUUAUUUAAUCAAUUGAUAUAAACCUCUCUACCGAUUCUCAGAUCAAUUAUUGCUGCUUGGUUUUUGAGGCCAUCCGUUUCUCUGAGAAUCGUUGGAGAGAGAGAGAGGGAUGGUGUCGGCGAACAGGGAGAUGGUGGUGUAUUGCUUCGACACCCUAGUCGCUCACUACAACAGCGAACAACCACCUCCCCCUUCCUUCGAUGAUGGUCAACAUCCACUAUUUGUUACUUGGAAGAAAGUAGUGAAUGGUGGGGAGCCUCGUCUGCGUGGAUGCAUUGGAACUUUAGAAGCUCGUGGCUUGAUCAAUGGCUUUCGUGAUUAUGCACUAACCAGUGCUCUGAGAGAUCGCCGGUUCCCCCCAAUACAGGCUAAAGAGUUGCCUUCUUUGGAAUGUACAGUCUCCAUUCUCACUGAUUAUGAGAGUGAUCUCCACUACCUUGACUGGGAGGUUGGCAAGCAUGGUAUGAUUAUUGAAUUUACUGACCCUGACUAUAAUACAAGGCGAAGUGCCACAUAUCUUCCAGAGGUGGCUGCCCAUGAAGGCUGGACACAGACAGAAGCAAUUGACUCGCUGAUACGAAAAGCGGGUUACAAUGGUGCCAUAACUGAAUCACUUCGCAAGCGUAUCAAACUGACUCGUUAUCAGAGUACACUCUUUACUAUGCAUUAUAGUGAAUAUGUUGCCUAUGUCAAAACCACCAGAGGUGCUUCUCCCUCUCUUGCUGGGGUGGCCAAGCCCAGUAAUCAUUGACCGUUCGGGUUGACUUACAUUGAAACCAUUGAACUUGUUUGGUUAUUGGAGCACGAUCUCCAUUGGAUAAACUGACUGGGUUGGAAUUGAUUUAAAUGUGUUCCAACCCUCAACAAUUGUUGUUUAAUUUCCUAAAUUAUUCUUCAAAUUCGUUUGAUUUGAAGGGUAUACACCUCAAAACUAUUGUAAUUUGAACUUAUGGUGUUUAUUGUACCAAAAUUUGCACCUGCAGCCUUGGAUAGUUGCAGUGGUGUAAACUCCGUAUUAGUAAACAUAUAAGUGUAUCCCUUGUGUUUAUUUAUCAUUAAAAGCUUUAUUAUUCGUCAAUAAAAAAAA